AUGACUUCCAUCCUUGAUUCAACUCUAACAUCUUCUAUUAACCUUCCUCAUGAUGAAGAGUUACCUACGUGUGUUCGUUGCAAAGAGGAUAUUACAACUGGUCAUGCUUAUGAAUUAGGUGACGACAAAUGGCACACACAUUGUUUCUCCUGCUAUAGAUGUGAUAAACCUCUAAGUUGUGAAUCAGAUUUCUUGGUUUUAGGAACAGGUACAUUGAUUUGUUUUGAUUGUUCUGAUUCAUGUAAAAGUUGUGGUAAGAAAAUCGAUGACUUAGCAAUAAUUUUAUCAUCAUCUAAUGAAGCAUAUUGUUCAGGUUGUUUUAAAUGUUGUAAAUGUGGUGAUAAGAUAAAAGAUUUAAGAUACGCUAAAACCAAAAGAGGGCUAUUCUGUCUGUCUUGUCAUGAACGACUUUUAGCGAAAAGGAAAUAUUAUGAAGAAAAGAAAAGACGGUUGACCAAACACUUGCCAACAAUACCCAAAGAAUUGCAAGAGGAUAUCGAUUCAGGAUCACCUAAAGAAUUAAAAGUUCCAGAACGUUCAAGAGAUAGACCAAUUUCGCCUGUGAGAAAAAGAUCAAAUUCAAGUAAUUUUAAUUCACACAAGAGAAAUGUCUCUAUUGAUGAUAUGUUAAAAGCGACGCUUACUGGUGAAGAAAAAGAAAACCAACCUUAUGAAAGUUACAUUAAUGAUAAUGAAGAUUCUAGUAUAGAUAAUUUAUCCUUAGAACCAUUAGAAAACUUGGAAAAUGAAGGUAUUAUUGAUAAUAUUAUCCCCUAUACAGUGCAAAAUGCAUCUCCAUUUCUACAAGAAUCCGAAUUUUCUGGACGUUCCAAUAGUAAUAAUAGUGGAAAUAGUUAUAAAGGUGGUUUAUAUGCAGAAGCAUUGAAUAACCGACAUUCAGGUGAAUCCGAACAUUAUGGAGGUUUAGGUAUUACAUCUGCAUCUAUGUCACCUAGUGCUGCUCCAGAAAUAGCAAACUUAUAUCACACUACACAUUAUGAUUAUGACCAUUCUUUAGAUGCUGGAGUCAGAGAAGCUAGGAGUUUAAAAUCUCCUGUAUCUAUUGACUCCAACCGUAAGCUUGAGAACCAGUCUAAACCAAAGACAGGUAUUGAAGCUGUUCAGAUGUAUAAAACUCCUGCACUAGAUUUUUCAACUUCGAGUACCAAUCUAAGAAGAGAUUUCCUUACUACUGAUAUAGAACAGUAUAACGAAGAAGAGAUGGAACUUAAAAUUGAUGCAUCUAAACAAGAGUUGCAUGAAUUAGAAAAUGGUAUUAAAGCACUAAAGGACAUUAAGCAAAAUUUAUUGGAUGAAGUUUCAUCAAUAGAGCAGAAAAAGACUAAGCUACUGGAAGAAGUCCAGGGAUUAGAAACAAUGAAACCAAUAAUUAAAACAUCCAGAACAACUUCACCAGAAUUUAAACGUAAUCGCAUUAGGCCCCCACCAGAUAUACCAAUCGUCAAUAUGUAUGACUCUAUUUCGCCAUCUAAAGAACAAGAACAUGUUGCAAGUGUGGCUAGACAAGCCAAACCAAAAUUUUGGAAAUUAUUCUCUUCAUCAAGUUCUCCACCGAAGCAAAAUGCAAUGACAAAGUCAUCUUCUUCUAAGGGUAUUUCUAAUCUAGGUAAUAAUGGAAGGGAAGACGAAAAUGAAUUUGUAGGUAUGCAUAUUGAUAAAUUGAAACCUUUUUCAAAUUCAAAGAUGAAUAAAUCAGCAUCAAUACAAAGUGUACAUUCCGAAGUGCAAGAAGAUGGUUCAAAUAUAUUUGGUUCCACUCUAGUCCAACGUUGUCAAUAUGAGCAUUCCCAAAUUCCAAAUAUAUUGGUACGUUGCAUAGAUAAUAUCGAAGAUGAUGGAGAGAAUCUACGAAGCGAAGGUCUCUAUAGAAAAUCGGGAUCUCAAGCAGUUAUAGAGAGUUUGGAAAAGAAAUUUGCUAAGGAAGAAUAUGUGAAUUUAGCUGAAUAUGACAUAAAUGUUUCUACUAGUAUACUUAAGAGAUAUUUAAGAAAACUUCCUAAUCCAGUAAUUACCUUUGAAAUAUAUGAUCCGUUAAUAAAACUUGUAAGAGCAAGAAAUAUGACGACGAGAUUACCAUUAGGAAAAGAUACAGUUUUGGAGCAUGAAGAUGUUUCCCAUGUCGUUGAAAUUCUAAACCAAUUACCAAAGGAACAUAUUUAUUUGUUGAAGGUUCUAAGCGUUCAUUUAGAAAAGGUAAUGGAAUAUAAAGACCACAACUUAAUGGGCCUCAAUAAUAUAGCACUAGUAUUUGCACCAGGUUUAAUUAGGGAUCAUAGCGGUGAAAAAGAUAUUUUGGAUAUGAAAGAACGCAAUUAUAUUAUCGCUUUCAUUUUGGAGCAUUAUAAACAAUUAUUUUAUUGA